AGAGAGAGAGAGAGAGAGAGAGAGAGAGAGAGAGAGAGGCGAUGUCCCGACAGGCUGCACCGGGAACAGACCGCCGGGAGAACAUGAGUGGAUGUGGUUUCCUCGGGUCACGUUCGGACUGAGUGAACUCCAAAGUGCGGACCGAUGACAGGCGACGGGAGCGCGCGGAGGACGUGUUCCCCUCAUCGCAUAUAAAGCUGAUCAAGUUUGAAGUCAGCUUCAAAUGCAGCGAGGGACUACUUUCUCCUCCUUUACUCUCUGACUUUUGCCACAAACAGAAACUUUUUUGGGGAGGAUUUUGAGUCGGACCGGAGAUGGAGCCGGUGGAGGGGAAGCUCUCCGUGUGGGUCGGCCGGGAGGAGAAGCUUGUCUCCGGGCUGACCAAGCGGACCACAUGCGCCGACGUGGUCAGAGUCCUGCUGGAGGACCAGAACCUGCAGCAGGGCGCCUCGGCGGCGAUGCUGUCCGGCUCCCCACAGUCCUACUGCGUGGUGGAGAAAUGGAGGGGCUUCGAGAGGAUCUUGCCCAACAAGACCAAGGUCCUCCGGCUGUGGGGCGCCUGGGGGGGCGAGCAGGAGAACGUGCGCUUCGUCCUGGUGAAGAACGAGGCGUCGCUGCCCAACAACGGGCCCCGCAGCGCCGAAGCCCGGGUGGUCCAGAGCCGGGAGAGCGGCGGCCCGGGCGGAGGCGGCGGCGGCGGCGGGUUGAGGGCCGCCGCUAACCUGUCCCAGGAGAAACAGAGGCGCGUAGUCAGGAAGGCGUUCAGGAAGUUGGAUAAGAUGAACAAGAAGAAGGAGCAGUCGGUUUCUAAAGACCAGGGCUCCGCGGAGAAGAUGGAGACGCUGGUCCACCUCGUGAUCUCCCAGGACCACACCAUCCGCCAGCAGGUCCAGAGGAUCAAGGAGCUGGACCGGGAGAUCGAGCGGUACGAGGCCAAGGUGCACUUCGACCGCAUCAAGAGACACGGCGUGAACUAUGUGCAGGACACAUACAUGGUGGACUCCUCCUCCACCUCCUCCUCCUCGUCGGAGCCUCCAUCGGACUGUACGCGGCAGGACGCGCGGAGCACGGCGGAGGCGCUCGCGCAGUUCGAGGAGUACGCGCGCCGCUGCGAGGAGGUCGUGCGGCUGCAGGAGGAGCUGACGGAGCGCGAGGCGCUCGUGGAGUGCAUCACCGGGGAGAUCCAGGAGGAGCUCAACCGGCGCUGGAUGAGGCGGCGGCGCGGCGAGAGGACAGCGGACGCGGCGCAGGACACGGGCGCAGAGGAGUUGCGCGCGGCCGUGCGCGCCGCCGCUCCAGCUGCGGAGCCGGACUCGGACAGCUUGUCCGAGGACGAGUUCGCGCUGGAGGAGGAGAGGAUCAAAACGCAGCUGGACACCAGCCUGUACAUCGGCCUGCGGCUGAAGACGGACAUGGACGCCAUCAGGGGGGACCUGGACCUGAGCAUGGCCCUCUGGGAGACCAGGGAGAGCGAACUUCUGGACCUUCUGGCCAAAGUCGAGACCAUGGAGAUAGAGCAGGCGGACAGCACGCUGACUGGCGGCGGCGAGGCAGAGCCGGCGGGUGCCAAGGCGGAGCCGGAGAAGAGCAGCGUCUGGGUGGAGCAGGCCAGGGGUCUUUCCAAGGCCUGCAACACAAACGACGAGGACUCGGACACGGGCCUGAGCUCCAUGCACAGCCAGGACUCCGACAACCCGCCCGUGUGCGAGUCUCUGGUGUAGACUCACUUUUUGUUGUUGUUUGUGAGAACGUUGGCCUUUUUAUGCAAUGGGGAGCCACGGACUCAGGGGCCGUGAGAGUGAGCGUUGGCAAUACUGGGGAGACGUUCCUCCCUACACAAAAUGCACCUCAGCCUGGAUACUGUCAUUCUAUAGCAAUAAUUCCUAUAUGUAGCAGCACAAUAAGCUGAGAGGGGCGGCAUGCUUCGAGAGGGUUUCUAGGCCACGUUGCUGACCUUUGACCUCUGCGAGGAGAGUCAACAACCGCACCGCUCGUUAGAAGACAGCUCCAGAGGGGAAGUGAGCUCGGUCACAGGAUGACAAAGAGUUAGUGACAGCUGGCACAGGUCAGGAUAGACCCCCACCUUGGAGCCACAGAGGUAAGAGCGCUGUGCUCUGUGAACAGGUUCCCUUUAAAGGUCGUCAUCAGGUGCACCCUGAUGCCUUUAAAGCACAACAACAACAAAAGUCCUAUUUAUUUCAUUUGGUCGUAGUUCCGUUGUUGUUUUAAAUCAGUCGUCCUCCACCUUUUUUUUGGUGGGGAAGCGCUCGUUGCCCUUUAAACAGUAAAACCCUCCCAUCAAAAGUUGCAUAUUUCUCUAAACUAUGAGCAUUUCAAGCGAGCAGUUGUUUAAAUUGAAUAAUUAUAGACACAUGAAAAGGCCCCAAAAAAGAAUUUUAUGAGGCAUAAUAAUAAUAAUAUAUUUGUUGUCUUCUCCUAACGUUUGAAUCAUCUUAUUAUUCCCUCAGAUGUAUAUAUGUUGACCACCUCACGGGGUAAAAAGUAAAUUCAGUGCUUCAAGGGGUGCUCCAGCAAUUCAGUUUUAAACUCCCAUAAAUGUGAGCGAGUCACGAGAGACAUAAUGGUGGAAAUUCAAGCUGCGCUGACUGAGAUAUCCGAAUAGUUUUUGUUCCUGUAAAGGGGCAAAGCCCCCAAAAGCACCGGAUUCUACAUUUCCCAUGAUGCAACUGGUAGCGAGAGUACUCUGACGCACUGUGGCUUUCGUCGGCACGUUGUCUCACAUGUUAGUGUUGAAAUAAAG